UGUGUAGUUGUGAAUUUCAUUCCCAUCAUACAAUUCGUGCAGUGGCAGUUAUGGCUGACAACGGUUAAAUAUUUUCAAGUCAAUUUCGUCGAUACGGGAGCUCGGAGUCGACCUUUUUUGUAGGUAUCUCCUUCAUAAUAUGAACAACUAAAACAAGAUGGAUAAUUACAUAAAGAAGAAACAGAUCGGUGAGGGAUCCUUCGGCAAAGCUUUGCUGGUGAAGAGCAAAGCAGAUGGCAAGGAGUAUGUUAUCAAAGAAAUCAACAUUUCCAAGAUGAAAAGGAAAGAAAAAGAGGAAUCCAAGAAAGAAGUUGCUGUUUUGAGGAAAAUGAAGCAUCCCAACAUUGUAUCUUAUGCAGAGUCAUUUGAAGAGAGAGGAAACCUGUACAUUGUGAUGGACUACUGCGAUGGAGGGGAUCUCUACCAGGCCAUCAAUAGACGAAAAGGUGUCUUGUUUCCUGAAGAUGAAAUCAUGGAUUGGUUUGUUCAGAUCUGUCUUGCUCUCAAGCAUGUUCAUGACAGGAAGAUCCUUCAUAGAGAUAUCAAGUCACAGAAUAUUUUUCUGACAAGGAAAGGCAUCGUUAAAAUGGGUGACUUUGGCAUUGCAAGAGUUCUAAAUAACACAAUGGAGUUGGCUAGGACAUGUAUAGGCACGCCAUAUUAUCUCUCUCCUGAGAUGUGUGAAAACAAACCAUACAAUAACAAGAGUGACAUAUGGGCCCUUGGCUGUGUGCUGUACGAGACUCUUACUCUGAAGCAUGCUUUUGAAGCAGGGAACAUGAAGAACCUAGUACUGAAGAUUAUACGUGGGUCCUACCCUCCUGUGUCACCGCGCUACAGCUAUGAGGUCAGGAAUCUGGUGGCUCAACUAUUCAAGAGAAGCGCUAGGGACAGACCUUCAAUCAACUCAGUUUUGAAGAAGCCCUUUGUACAAAAGAGGAUAGAGAAGUUCUUAACUGAUGCACAAGUGAGUGAUGAGUUCAGUCACACUAUCCUGCAUCGCAAUGCUCGCCCAGCUGCUAGAGGUGUAGGAGCUCCAGUAUUCCAGAAGCCUAUCCCAAGACCAAUCAGUGCAGCUGCAGCCAAGAAGCCACCUAUACCUAAAGCCAUUAGUAAUCCUGCAGCCAAAUAUGGACCCUCGAUGGCUGUUAAGAGGCCCCCAAGUGCUGGGAUCAGGAAAUCUGUAGAGGACAAGAAAGAUAGUGUAGCAAAGGAAUUGGAACAGAGGAAAAGAGAAUUGAAAGAGAGGGAAAAUGAGAGGCGACACAAGGAAAGACAAGUAAGACAACAGCGGGAAGAGCUGAAUGACAAACAAAGAAUGGCCAAUAUGAAGAAGGCUCGUGAAGCAGGGUGGAAGAACACCCUUCUCAGCAGCAGCAGUGGUAGCAGCAAUGGAGGAGGGGGGUAUGGAGGCGGCGGAGGAGGGGCUGCUGAAAGUGAGUAUGAAGAGCCUCCCAAGAAAGAAGCAAAGUACGAUAGCCUACACCAAGGGGCCAAACCAGAGCGUGGUAACUAUGACCACUAUCACCAGUACCUCAGCAACCUCCGCCAACAGGCCAACGGAGCCGAGGCGGGCCAGGGAGGGGCCGCCAUGUUCAAGGAGGAUAGGUCUAAGAGGCAGCAGGAGGAGGCUGCCCUCAGGAGGCAGAUAAGGGAGAGGCCAGUGUCUGCUAGUGCUGCCAACGCUGCAAAGAGGGCAGAGAAUGCAAGGCAUGCUGGUGUAGAAGCAGCUGAGAGAGCCAAGAUGGUCAAUGAUUUCUUGCUCAGAAAGAGAGAAGCAGCAGCUUACAAAGCCAGGGCAGCCGUUCAACUAGGCUGGGGAGCCCAGCCGGUAGCAGGAGCUGGAGAUGCUCGUAAUGAACCUCUGCUACCGUAUGGUGGCCAGAAGAAGGGAGCGGACAAGGAUGAACAGGCAUAUUUAGACCAGCUGAAGGCCAUCAGAAUGCAGAACUACCAGGAGAGAUUGAAUGUCAGGAAUAAGCUCAAAGAUGAUGAUCCACAGAUCUCUGCAGAAGAAAGAAGAAAAAAGAUUGAAGCACUAAAGGCCCAAGCCAACCAGCGAGCAGCAAAGCUGAAAGAACAGCUAGAAAAGCAGAGAAGAGACGCUUAUGAGAAAGAGAAGAGGGCUUGGGAUGAUCAUCUUUCCAAGAAGCGAGUCACAGAUAAACCUGCUCCCAGCAGACCUAUCCAAGGACCUGCAGCACCAGUUAUGCCCCUUACCGCAGUGCUAAGAGAUGUAGGCGUGGACAUCACACAACCAGAGCAGGAAAUGCCUCUUAAAAAGGGAGAAAACAGGGUACCGGUUAUACCGCCAGCAGAAGAAAACCAGGGCCCUGCUGCCCCCCGUAAGCAUUGGGGAGGUGGAGCUACCAAGGCAGCAGUCUUGGCUAACAUGCCUCUAGAAGUCACAGCAUCCAACAUGGAAGCCACCAAUGCAGGUGACAUGUUAAUGCCCAAGUCAUCCGUUGCCGCACCGAGUGUAGAAGCCAACAGAAAGAAGUGGGGUGCUCCGGGUAAUACCGUAGUCAACGCUCUGCAGAUGGCAGAGAUCAAAGCAGGAACCAUGACCAUAGCAGCAGGUGCAGUGGAUGCUAAAGGAGAAACCCAGCUAUUGAAAGGGCCUGCAAUGUACGACAGAGGCAGCCCAAUGGGCGUGACAGUCAUCAAGGAACAACCAAUGAGCCCUAGGGAAAAGAUCCCCAUCGUCAAGGACAACAUGUGUGUCGUAGAUGGGAAGCAGUCAGGUGACAGCAAAGAAGCAGCUGAUCUUGAAACCAUUGAUGCCGAGAAUAAGGAAGAUGCCGCCAAACAGACUCCUCCCUCUCCCUCUAGACCAGCUUGGAAAGCAGCAUCAUCAUCAUCACCUAGCAACCAAACACAAAUAGACUCUGCACCCAAAAUGCAAGGCUCUCCUAACCAGAAGGAUCAACUGCCUACUUCAACUACAAAGGACAGCCCUAAAUCAAACUCUACCCCUCCAAGGCCCACCCCUGAUGCUGAGGCCCCUCCUACAACUGACAAAGCCACGCCUCCCAAGAGUCCAAGGCCCAGUACCUCACCCCCGUCAGUGAAAACCUCCCCUCCUUCAGCCAACUCACCAUCAUCGUCACCGCUAGCAAAGAGCCCAGCAAAGACUGAUGAGGAGAAGGAAGAAGAGAAAAUCUCCCAGGAAAAGAAAGAUGCUGAUGCUGUUCAACUAGAUGAAGAAGAUGAGGAUAACCAAGACAUUAAAGAAAAGUCUGCCAAGAAGAAAAUGAUUGCCGGCCUGUCAACGGGUUUCUUUGAUACAGCACCAAAGCUGUUGAGGACGUGUUCUGAUCCGGACCUUAGACAGCUGUUCCGUACUACCCUUGCCCUCAAUCCAUUCUUUGAGGCGGAUCAGAAACGUGUCGCUCAGAGUGUUGACACUGCCCUCAAUGACCAGCAUGAUGACGACGAUGAUGACGAUGAUUUGGCGAUCGAUGAUGACGAGGAUGAUGAUGAUGAUGAAGAGAGUGAUGAGCUUAUUCGACAACUCCAGAACCUGACAGCUAAGAAUGAGGAGGAUGAAGAGGAGGAGGAAGAGAAGGAGGAGGACGACGAAAAUGAAGAAGAUGGAGUGGAAGAAGAUGUAGAUGAAGAUGAGGAAGAAUACCAGAGUCUUGUUGAGUCGAUGAGAAGUGUACUGGAAGCAAGAGAUGCUUCAGACUCACCUAAGAUGAGACGGAAGAAAGAUGAAGAAGAAGAGAAGAGUCCUGGAGGAGCAUCUAAUGGAUCCUCCCCAUCAUCACCAUCAGGGAGCAAAGACGAUGAAGAUGAGGAGGAGGAUGAGGAUGAUAAGGAGAAUUCUGGCCAGAGCAAGCCAAUUAAUGAGGACUGGGACUCAGGUGAAGGAAGUGAAGGUGAAGAGAGCGGGAUGUCCGCUGAGGAGAGAGAAAGCGUCUACAGUCGUUUAGAAGAGUCUAGACUACAGCUAGAGAAGGAGCUUGGAUGCGACACAUUCCUCAAAGCAUACAAGUCAAUACAGGCAAUGCAUGAAGAUGAAGAUGAGAACAUUGAGGAAGGAACUAAGCGUGUGAGCACCAUCCUCGGAGAGGGCAAAGGUCAAGUAUAUACCAAGAUCCUCCAGCUUGUCAUGGCUGACGGAGCAUACACUGAAGAUCAUGAUUAACUCCUCACGAUUGAGAUGCAACUACUCCAAAAUAAGUGCAUAUAAUGAUGAAUGAAGAUGAGAAAGCAAGAAAAUAGCAGAGAAAAAGACUCCUGGAAAGAAAUUGUAAAGGAAACCACUAUCAGGUGACCUUGUAAAUCUUGUUAAUGGACAAAACUGUCAGGUGACAUGAUACCAUUGUCAGGUGACCAUGUACAGGGAAUGGAUGUCAGGUGACAUUGUGCCGAUGUCAAGUUACCAUGUAAAGGGAGUGAGUGUCAGGUGACUUUGUACUAAUUGUCAGGUGAUGCACAUGUAAGGUUCCAUAUUGAAGUUGGUUCAUUUGAUCAUGC